UUCCAAAGGAUAACACCGAGAGAGAGAGAGAGAGAGAGAGAGAGAGAGCGCUCUUCAAUGGCUGAGAAGCAAGAGGUGGAGCAGGAAAGGUGCCCAGUGGAGGAGGUGGCCCUGGUGGUGCCGGAGAACGACGACCCCUCUCUCCCGGUGAUGACUUUCCGGGCUUGGUUCCUCGGCAUAACCUCAUGCACCGUCCUCAUCUUUCUCAACACCUUCUUCACCUACCGGACCCAGCCGCUCACCAUCUCGGCGAUCCUGAUGCAGAUCUCCGUGCUGCCCCUCGGGCGGCUCAUGGCGUCGGCGCUCCCCAACAAGGAGGUGAAGGUCUUCGGGAGGUGGGGUUUCAACCUCAACCCGGGGCCGUUCAAUGUAAAGGAGCAUACCAUCAUCACGGUGUUCGCCAACUGCGGCGUGUCGCCCGGCGGAGGGGAUGCCUACUCUAUCGGGGCGAUUACGGUGAUGAAGGCUUACUACAGGCAGAGCUUGAGCUUCCUGUGUGGCCUUAUCAUUGUGAUUACCACACAGUUGCUAGGCUAUGGAUGGGCUGGCAUGCUGAGGAAAUUUUUGGUAGACCCUGCUGAAAUGUGGUGGCCUUCUAGCCUGGCUCAAGUUUCCCUCUUCAGAGCUCUCCAUGAGAAGGAUUCACCUUCCAGAGGACCAAGCAGGAUGAAGUUCUUCCUAAUAUUCUUUGUUGGAAGCUUUCUCUACUAUGUGCUGCCCGGCUAUCUCUUCCCCAUCCUAACAUUCUUUUCAUGGGUAUGUUGGGUGUGGCCUCAUAGCAUCACUGCCCAGCAGAUUGGAUCAGGAUACCAUGGCCUUGGCAUUGGAGCAUUUACACUUGAUUGGGCUGGAAUCUCAGCUUACCAUGGUAGCCCUCUGGUGACCCCAUGGUUCUCCAUUAUCAACACUGCUGUUGGCUUCAUCAUGUUCAUCUACAUCAUAGUGCCCUUGUGUUAUUGGAAAUACAACACCUUUGAUGCCCGCAAGUUCCCUAUAUUCUCAAAUCAGCUCUUCACCUCUAAAGGGAAAAACUAUGACACUACCAAGGUGCUGACCCCUCAAUUUGAGCUAAAUGAAGCGGCGUACGAUGGUUAUGGGAAGCUCUACCUGAGUCCUCUCUUUGCACUCUCGAUAGGAUCAGGGUUUGCCAGAUUUACUGCAACCCUCACUCAUGUCUUCCUGUUCCAUGGCAGUGAUAUCUGGAGAAGGAGCAAGUCAGCAAUGAACUCCUUAAAGCUUGAUGUCCACGCCAAGCUGAUGAAGAACAACUAUAAAGAAGUUCCUCAGUGGUGGUUCCUCAUCCUACUAGCAGGAAGCGCCGUUCUAUCGCUGUUGAUGUCUUUCGUGUGGAAAGAGCAGGUGCAGCUGCCUUGGUGGGGCAUGUUAUUUGCUUUUGGAUUAGCUUGGCUUGUAACUCUUCCUAUUGGAGUAAUUCAAGCAACCACGAAUCAGCAACCUGGCUACGAUAUCAUAGCCCAGUUCUUGAUCGGCUACAUCCUUCCUGGUAAGCCAAUAGCUAAUCUCCUCUUCAAAAUUUACGGGCGAAUCAGCACUAUCCAUGCCCUCUCCUUCCUCUCUGAUCUCAAACUCGGCCAUUAUAUGAAGAUUCCACCAAGGUGCAUGUACACUGCUCAGCUUGUAGGAACCAUCGUCGCUGGCGUCGUCAACCUUGCAGUGGCAUGGUGGAUGCUCGAAAACAUCGAGAACAUCUGCGACACCGACGCAUUGCCUUCUGAUAGCCCAUGGACCUGCCCAAAAUACCGUGUCACCUUCGAUGCAUCUGUUAUAUGGGGUCUGAUAGGCCCAAGCCGGCUCUUUGCUCAUGGCGGCCUCUACCGGAACUUGGUGUGGCUGUUCUUAAUUGGUGCAGUCCUUCCUGUGCCCAUUUGGCUACUGAGCAAGAUGUACCCCAAGAAGAAGUGGAUCCCUCUUAUCAACAUUCCGGUCAUCUCUUAUGGGUUUGCCGGAAUGCCUCCUGCAACACCAACCAACAUCGCUAGUUGGCUCAUUACAGGGACGAUCUUCAACUUCUUCGUACUCCGAUACCGGAAGGAGUGGUGGCAGAAGUAUAACUAUGUCUUGUCUGCGGCUUUGGAUGCGGGAACUGCAUUCAUGGGUGUGCUGCUGUUCCUUGCUCUCCAAAAUCAGCAUAUUGGCGUGCAUUGGUGGGGGACGGAGGUUGAUCACUGCCCCUUGGCAUCAUGCCCGACCGAGCCGGGGAUCGUUGUUAAAGGAUGCCCUGUGUUCUGACUAUGUGAUGCUUAGAACUUGCGAAGAAAAUUUGUAUGGAGAGCGAAUGAAACUGAAUGGUAGUCUUGCUCCUGGCCUUGAUGCAAAGGAAUUGUCUGUAGCAUCUGUUAUAGUCUUCUUAUACUUCUACCUCUCUCCUUCGUACAUAUUCAUGAUAAUUAAUAAUAGUUGAGUGAAGUAAUUCACUUCCUCCA